AUGUCCGGAGAGGCCUGCACAGAGAGAUGGAAGCCGUGGAGGAGGUGGAAGUUCAUAGGUGGGCCCCAGGAGCUAACAUUGUUUACCCAGGCUUGUUAUGGUGUCGCGGAGCACACAGCAAAGCCAGACGACGCAACAAAGGAGACGAGGGGAGGAGGGGAGACGGACAGCUGUUUGACCAAUGGGGGGAAAGGAGACUUCAACUUGGCCAUAGGAGGUGAGGGGCAGUGGUGGUCCCUGGGUUUACAAGGCCUGCAGGAGUGUCGGACAUUGUGGAAGGCCGUGACGGUAUAA